UAAAGAAUUUUAAACUCCCACGUGACUUGCAAGCGGGUAUUUAACGAGAUUUGACUGAAGUUUCAUAGUCUCGCGUGUUUAUAUUUAUAAUAACAAUGUCUUUGGUUAGAAAACCCCCAGCAUUUAUCACAAAAUUCACAUCAAAUGCCGAAGAAGUAUGGAAAGGAUUAAAUGGAGUUUUUGCAAUUUAUAAACCAACUGGAUUUACUACUUUUAAAACAAGACAAAUGUUACAAUAUCAUUUAUGUACAGAUUUGAAUGAACUGGAUGUCAGAGAACCGGAGCCAUUUGUUAGAAUAGAAGGCGAGACAAAUAAAUCACUGACUGUUAAAGUCGAGCCCAGUUACGCAGAUCACAAGCUCGUCGUCGGCCCGAGAUAUCAACCCCAAGAUAUGAAACUCCACCACGCGAAUUAUUUAUCACCAGAAGCUUCCGGUAUCCAGCUUUGGGGAGUAAACAAAGGAUCUAUUAUUUGCCACAUGAUGAGGGCAGCCAAUUCAACAAGAUUUUACAAAAUCAAAGGGGUUUUAGGGCUAGAGUCGGAGAAUUAUUUCAUAGGCGGUAAAAUUCACGAAAGGUCUACUUUCAAACAUGUCAAGAGACACCACGUCGACAUGAUUUGUUCCUCAUUGCAAUCGUCUCAUCAGAGAAAAAUGUUCGAAAUAUGCGGUCUAGAUAUUCAAUCACAAGCUGCCUAUGAGUUGGCAGUCAAAGGCCCAAUACGACCAACGGAUAACAAAAUUCCAAUGCUCUAUAGUAUUAGAUGCAUCGCUUUCAAUCCUCCAGACUUUACAUUAGAAGUCGUAUGUAUAAAUGAAGACGACAUGUUUUUAAAAGGACUGGUUCAUAAUCUAGGAUUACUAGUAAGAAGUAACGCGACAUGUACACAAAUUCAAUGCUACAAGUAUGGAAUAUUUACCGCAGGACUAGGUUUACUAAAAAGAGACUGGUCGAUAGAAAAUAUAAUGAUAAAUCUAACGAAAAUUCGAAGAUUGUUGAGCAAAAAUAAAUAUCUGUAUAUUGGAGACAACCAAGAAGCAAUACUACGUGAAUAUUUUGAUGAAAAAGAAGUUUAGAUUUUUUUAAAUUGUAGUUUAUAAAACAGUUAAUAAAUGUACAUAUUAUUUUUAUCUCUAAUUACUUU